AAGGGAAAAGUAAGCAAGUCGGGGUGGACCGAUCAUUCGAUCUGGUUGACCCAAACCGGCAAGCGUGAAACUAGGGGCUCUUAGCCUGGCUGGUGCGGAUCCAUGGGCGGUAGAGCCCGUAUGUAUCUAGUACCUAUCUAGAACACGCUGGAAUGAUGCGAUAUAAUACCACCCACCCUGCGCCUGAGGGGCCGUUUCCAUUUGCUCCAUCGCGUUUGGCCGUGGGGGAUGGAUCCCGGGAGAAAAAAAAAGCAAGAGAUCUAUCUGCCUGUCUAUCUAUCUGGAUCAGCUCUGGUUUAUCAUCAAUCAUAGCCCCAAGUAUGGGGUAUCUCAAUUUCCGCCGUGCCUCGGGUCGACCGGGCGAAACAGCAGAUGUUACAGCUUACAGCUUACCUACACUGUACAGCAAUGCUGCGAGCUGGGCUGGUUUGGUUGUGAGUAGGUAAUUUUUAGAGUUCCCUCUCAUACCACCGAGGUCGCACACCAUUAAUAGCAAUAGACCGUCAUACGGCGGGUAUUCUUAGUCGUAGUCAGGACGCGGCGGACCAAAACAAUGGCCAGGUUUCUCG